CUUUAAUUGACAUAUGUCAAAUUAACUAACGUUAUUAAAAAUCGAUUUACAAAAUUUUAGUACUAAAAUAAUAUAUUCAUCUAGUUUGAAUUAAUAAACUGACCAUGGGUGAACAAAAUUGGACAAAAAUCGUAAUUCCAAGCGGUACAGUAGAUUCCUCACAAAACGCAAUAAUCGAAAUACCGGUUAAUUUGAAAGGUUCACAUAUCGUUAUAGCUAAAAAUAGAGUUUCAGAUGACGGCGAGUCUCAAGGUGAUGAAGUCGAAUUAGAAGUGAUAUCGGACAAAGAAAAAGAAAUGAUAGAAUCGAUUCAGAAUUACGAAGACGAAAGAAAACGAUUAGUGAUAGCGCCUGUUCGUCAGAAAUAUAGAUUAGUUGAUCAGAUGGAAUACGUAGAAACCGGUGUAUUGCGUAAAGAUAUAACUGAUUUUCAAGAAGCUAGAAGAAAAUUAGUUUUCGAUGUCCAUAGUAUUAUUUCUACACUGCCUGACAUAAACAAAGUUAUAAGCAGAAGAUAACUAAUCGGAAACUGGAUGUCUAUUUCACGAAAAAUUGCGUAACAAAAUAAAAAAUAAAUCCUAAUCGUCUCAA